UGGAAACUUCCGGAACAUUGACACGUAGUAGCUAUAACCAGUUAGUUCCGGUACUAGGUAGUUACCUUAGCUCUCUAGAUGUUUCUAGAACGUCUAACUAACAGGUAUAUAAACGGUGCUACAUAGAGUAAGAGACAGAGUGCGAGUUGAGUUGAUACGACGUUUGUAGUUCUUAGUGUGCUUUGUAUUAGAGUAUACAUAUUUCGAAAUUCCUAUUGUCUCAAGAACACAACAAUCGAUUACGUCAUUUUCCUUAUUUAUCUGGUUUGUUCUGACUCUUACUGCUCGCGUUCUAGACACACUUGUUUACUCAAUGCGAUCAUUCGAUUGCAGAACCUGCCAGCAAACGUUUUAGUUGACACAAGAAAGCAAUCAAGAAAGCAGAUCUCACCUAGACGCGCGAGCUCUAAACCGUUGCUGACUUCAAAGCAGCGUCGUGAUCGUUGGACUAACAAAGAAAUCCUUACUGACUAGGUGAUUACUUGUUGCACGUGAUCUCAAAAACGUAUGGCAUCAGCAAGCCAAAAGGAAGAACCACUACUUUACACUAGUACAGUCGCUGCUUGGUUUCCAUGUACCAAAGUUGCAACGUUGAACUGUUACGGACCAACAGCAAAAGGUUUCGCUGCAUUGCGACACGAAAGUGUGGAGCGGAUAAUUCGCAUAGCGAAGAGAAAUGGAGUAGACUUUAUUCUCGUGCAAGAACUGAAGGGACUGACCGCGAAACGAGCCGUCAAAGAAGCUGCUGCUGCUACUGAUGAUGAUGAUCAUGAUGAUGAUGAUGAUGAUGAUGAUGAUGAUGAUGAUGAUGAUGAUGAUGAUGAUGAUGAUGAUGAUGAUGAUGAUGAUGAUGAUCAUGAUGAUGAUGAUGAUGAUGAUGAUGAUGAUGAUGAUGAUGAUGAUGAUGAUGAUGAUGAUGAUGAUGAUGAUGAUGAUGAUGAUGAUGAUGAUGAUGAUGAUGAUGAUGAUCAUGAUGAUGAUGAUGAUGAUGAUGAAGAUGAUGAUGAUGAUGAUGAUGAUGAUGAUCAUGAUGAUGAUCAUGAUGAUGAUCAUGAUGAUGAUGAUGAUGAUGAUGAUCAUGAUGAUGAUGAUGAUGAUGAUCAUGAUGAUGAUCAUGAUGAUCAUGAUGAUGAUGAUGAUGAUGAUCAUGAUGAUGAUGAUGAUGAUGAUGAUCAUGAUGAUGAUGAUGAUGAUGAUGAUGAUGAUGAUGAUGAUCAUGAUGAUGAUGAUGAUGAUGAUGAUGAUGAUGAUGAUGAUGAUGAUGAUGAUGAUGAUGAUGAUGAUGAUGAUGAUGAUGAUCAUGAUGAUGAUCAUGAUGAUAAUCAUGAUGAUGAUCAUGAUGAUGAUCAUGAUGAUGAUGACGACGACGACGAUGAUGAUGAUGAUGAUGAUAAAGGCUACUCAAAAGUGCAAGACGUGGGACCAAACACAGACGCCAACAUUUUCUACAACUCGAAAAAGUAUGAAGCGAUGCUAUUCGAUCUCAGGAAGCACCGGGACGCUCUACCGUAUACGCCUGGCUCUGUUGUUGAGAUUGACAUAAGUAGAAUGUCGGUCGAGGUUUUCAAAUACCGUGAAAGCAAUCCUGCUUCUGCUGGAGAAAAAGAUUACUACAUUAUGGUAGUCAGCUGGCAUGGACCACAGUCAAAGGCAAAGACGCUUAAGAAAAAGAGAGAAUACUUUGAGAAUCUCGUGAUAGCUAUCGAUACGUUUCGUGUGCGUUUUGCUACAGAUAAUAAGCUGUCUUGUGACGACGUACCGGUUAUUCUCGGAGGAGAUUUUAACGUAGAGAAGAAAGACGUUUGGCCUCUAGAGGUCACAGUACAACAUGACCUUAAGUCUAUUACAUGUACAUGCUGGUCAGAUUAUGAUGUGAGUCAUAGACGCAUGGCCAAAAAGGCGGGAUUUCAAAAAAUCGAUGAAAUUGUGUUUAUACCAUCGGCUCAAAGAGCAGACGUGACGGUUGAUGUACAACCUUUGAAUCUUAAAAAUCCGAAACCAAUCGAAGGCUUUAUUUCUGACACAAAAGAAACAAGCAAAGACAUGGAUUGGUUGGAGAAAAAUUGCGGGAGCCUAGAUCAUGAUCCUCUGUUUGCUGUGAUCAAAACAGUUGUGACAUGACCAGAUCAGUUUUGGUAAAUUGUCAUGUCAGGCUGCACAUCAAGAGACAUCAACUUUACAAAAACCAUUUAUCAUUGGUAACUUCAUAGCUUUCUCAAGCAAUCAAACUGGCACGGUAUUAGCGUCAUGUAAUAUUUUUGAUGUUUAGUUGUUUUAUCUUUUAGACAUUGUAACACUAGAGUAUA